AUGGCCUGGACCUCCUACACUCUGACCUGGCUUGCAUUCGCGUUGUUUUCUCCUUCUUUGGCCCACCAUAUGGAGCCUUUCGAGAAACCCCCCAUCAUGAACUUAGACGGGAAAAAGUUACAGUUAUCUCGCGUCCUCGAGGCGUCUUCCGAUAUUAACCUUUGCACACCGUCUAUCUGCACCCUUGACACCCGUCACGCCGUCGCUCAUCUCAUUUCCCUCCACCCCCUUCUACCCGCAGACGCGGCCCGCAUGAAGAUGCUUGACGGAAGCCUCUAG